AUGUGCUGUUUGCUUUUACCUCCCAGCCUGAGGUAUCAGCCAGAAAACAUUUACUUGAUGGGCAUCAUCCCUGGACCGAAAGAGCCAUCUAAAGAGGAAAUUGAUCAUUUCCUCCGCCCACUCGUGGACAGGUUGCUCAUCUCCUGGAAGGACGGCGUCUGGUUUACGCGGACUUACAGAUACCCUCGUGGAAGGCGCUCGCGGUCUGUUUUGGCUCUCGUCAUAACCGACCUCCCAGCCGGCAGAAAAGUAUCAGGCUCAGCCAGCCAUUCUGCGAAGUGCUUCUGUGCGUUAUGCUUCUUGACCAAGCAGGAGAUCAACAACAUCGAUAUGCAUACCUGGAGGAUGAAGACACGAUCAGAUGUGUUCAAGGCUGCGCAGGAAUGGCGGAACGCAUCGACGAAGACCCGGCGGAGCGCGCUGUUUAAGAGAAACGGAGUGAGAUGGUCUGAACUUAUGCGUCUGCCAUAUUGGGACCCGACGCGAAGCGUUAUUGUUGAUGCUAUGCACAACCUCUUCCUUGGUUUGGUACAGUAUCACGCUCGUACCAUCGUCGGAAUGGAUAUGCCGGCUGCUGAUCCAUACGAUGACGAUAUCAACGUCGGCAUUGAUGUUGAACCAUUGGAUGAUGAGCGCCACUCGAAGGUUCUUCUGCAAGUGAGGAAGAUCGAACACCUACUGAUAUCUGUUCCAACCACCAAACAGUUGGGACGAAAUUCGAGGGCAGCUCUACGAUCUGUCGUACAUACGGCUCCCACUGCCGCAAGCUCCUUGGCGGCCGAGUCCACGGUCGCUCACGUAUUACCUGAGUUGUUGAUUGGAGAUGAGUUUGUUGAUGAAUGUGCGGAAUCUACACAACACGAAGACAUCGUUAUCCGAAGACACACAAGUUCCUCAGUAUUCUCGCAACAGGACUUGGACCACUUGCAUGCUGACAUUGCCCUUACAUCACGUCCGACCUAUUCUAAAGGACCUCCUUGUAACGUCGGCACCACGGCACGCGGUAAGCUUAAAGCUGACCAUUGGAAGGCAAUGAUCGAGUUCGAACUACCGGUUUCCAUGCUGAAGCGCUGGUGCCGGUCGACUACGCCAUUGCGUCCUAGGGACGACGCUCGACGUGAAUUAGCCCACUCAACCAUGCUACUUGCAUGUGCCAUUAGGCAGGCGACCUCUUAUCGCACGUCACAAGAGCAUCAGAGAAUAUAUACGGCACACAUGCGUGGCUACCUAUCCAGCAUCUUGCGCCUGCGACCCGAACGAUCUUUGAGACCAAAUCAUCAUAAUGCUCUCCAUUUAGGCGACUUCUUGCUGCGUUUUGGGCCGGUUUAUGGAUGGUGGAUGUUCCCAUUCGAGAGGAUUAUUGGUAUCCUUCAGCAAACAGUCACCAACGGGAAAUUAGGCAAGCAUUAG